AUGAAGGAAGAGUCAUCAAAAAAUAAGAGAGCCAAAUAAAAUGCUUUAUAAAUUCAUAAAGAAGAAUCUAUAAGAGAAAUAUUGGGAUUCUUAAUAAAUUAGGUUGAUUUAAAGUCUUUCAUGAAGAAAAAAAAAAUUUUUGAGAAGGUAGGAGAUUUGGUUGAUAAACAUUAAAAUGAAUUCUUGAAUCCUGCAGAAUUCUAAGAAAUUUAAUGUAUUUACGAAGAUUUUAAUAUUGGCGAUUUGGCGAUAGUAUUUCCAAAUCCUGAUUAUGAAGGUUAUACUUAAAAGGCUGUAACAUUUAAUGAAGCAGCAACUAUUUUUGAUGAGAUUUUAACUGUAAUGACUGAGGAAGUGACAAAAAAUUAAUUAAAAAAAGAAAGAGAUUCAUUUCUUUUAACUUUUUUAACACUUGACGAUUUAAUUGAUUAAUAAAAUGAGGGUUAAAAUAAAAAAAGAAAGAAAUUAAAAGAUUAAAAUAAAAAGAGAAGGUCAAAUUAAAAUCAAAAUAAUUCUAAUUAAGUUUUAAUAAAAUCAAAGGAUGAAAAACCAAUAAAAAUAGAAAGAAAUUCAUAUGAAAAAUAUUUGGAUUUUAUGAGGAUUUAUCAUAAAUAGAUAGAAGAAGAGUUAAUGAAUAAAAAUGAAGGAUUAGAUUUAAAAAAUGAAAAAGGAUUUCUAGAUGAAAUAGGUAUAUAAUAAGGUUAAUAAAAUUCAUCUUAAAAGUUAAUAGAUCCAAUAAAAGAGUUAAUGAAGGUAGAUAUUAAUGAUGAUAAAUAAUUUAAGAAAUUAAAGAAAAAAUGGUCAUAAGGUGGAUAUUUAGUAAAAAAGAUGUGUGAAGAUGGAGUUGAUUAUGAUUGGAUAUCAAACAAUGGAUCUCCUAAAGAUAUGAUGACUUUGAUUAGAUUUACAAUAUUAGAGAAAUUAACAAGAAAUGGUUAUUUACAUUGUCGUUAAUUUGUAUCUGGAACUGGUGAACAUAUAUAUAUAGUGAUUAAAUCAACUAAAGAAGUAAUUUAAAGACAGGCCUAGAACAUGAAGGUAACAAAACAAAUAGAAAUGGGUUUUGCUGAUUUGUUUUCUUUAGAACCUGUUGAUGCAAAUUUUAGACCUUUGCGUUUGAAGAAUUAUAUAAAAUAAAUUGUGGGUUAAAAUUAUGUUGAUUUGAAAGAAGCUAUGGAUUAGAUUAAAUAAAGUGAUAAAUUACAAUUUACAACAUUCAAAGAAAUCGAUGAAUAUUGUGAAAAGAAUUACCGAUAAGAAAUAAAAUAACUUAAUGAUAUUGAAUUAAGAGCUUUUGUAAUAAAUAAAGCAGAAGAGGUAGAAGAAUACUUUAAGACUGUAACAAAACAAUUAAAUAUAGACUAAUAGCAUGAGAAAGUUGAAUUGAAUUCUGAUUAUUCAAUAACUGAGGAGGAAUGGUAAGUGUAUUACAUAUAUUUGGAUUUGUUAUCUCAUUUAUUAUAUUUAUUGCAAUUAAAAUAUUAGGAAGCACUUUAAGAGGGUCAUUUUUAAUUUAGAGAUAAUUUACCAUUUUUAUAUAGAUUAGUUUUUGGAAAAGCAUUAAGAAAAGCUAAUGAGAUUUGGUAUUCAAACCAUAAGAACUGUUGGUCAGAUUUAUUAGAUCAAAAAAAAAUAUUAAGAAAUAUAUGGGAUAUGCUUGGUAUGGAACCAGCAGCACCAUAUACUUAAUAUUUUUAAUUAUAAAAUGAUUUUGGUAAAUAAAUGUGGAGAAAGUAUGAAAUAAAUGAAUUAAAAGAUAGGUCAGAAUUUAAUAAUAUGGAAAAAAUUAAAAUUACACAUGCUAUUAUUCUAAAGUAAGUUAAUAUGUCUAAAUUGUUAUAAUCUCUAAUUGCAGUUGGAUAUUUCCCAAUACAUGAUACAUAUGCAUUAUUUGGAGAAGAGAAAAAAGAUAAAUUUAUGAAGAAAUUAAUUGAAUAGGAGUUUAUUAUGGAGAAGACAUUUGAUGGUAGUAGAAAAUGUUUAUUAGAUUUUUAUAAGAAUUUAUAAUCUUAUGCUGAAUCUACAGAUUUUGACUUUUAAAGCGUUAAAUAAGAUUUAAGAAUCAAUUUUAAAUGUCCAUGGUAUAUUCCAGUUCAACAUCUUCGAGAUUAUUUUGGUGAGAAAAUAGCACUUUAUUUUGCAUUUCUGGGAUUUUAUACAUAAUCAUUAUGGUAUAUAGGGUUAUUUGGUAUUAUAUGUUAAGCACUAUUAUCUGAAUCAACAGGUUAUUAUAAAAAACCAAUAGUAAUUCUAUUCUCAUUAACAAUAGUUAUUUGGAGUUCAUUUUUUAUUGUAUAUUGGAGAAGAAAAUAAUUUUUAUUUAGUGUUUAAUUUGGAUAACUUAAUUUUGAAACUGGAGAAGCAUUACGACCUGCUUUUUAAGGAGACUUUUUAAGAUCUAUUACUGAUGAUGAUUUAAAUGAAUAAUUCUAUCCUCCUAUUAAAAGAAGAAUAACAUAAUUAUUUGGAUUAGGUGUAAGUUUUUUAAUUAUUGCAUGUGUUAUUGGAUGUGUGUUAGGAAUAUUCUUUUUUAAAAAUUAUAUGAUAGAAACUGGAGCAGAUGCUUUUUUCUCUUAAUAAUUACCUGGAUUAUUAAAUUCAAUACUUAUAGCAAUUUUUAAUUUUAUUUAUCAAAAUCUAGUUAUGAUUUUUAAUUCAUUAGAAAAUCAUAAAAUUUUGUCAUCAUAUGAAAAUUCUUUAGUAGCAAAAGUUUUUAUAUUUAGAUUUGUAAAUACGUAAUAAUUUAAAUUAUAAUCUAGUUUUAAUUCAUUCUUCAUCAUAUCCUUCUUAAGCAAUUACUUUAUUUCUUUGGAGUUAUGCAAAGUCAAUGAUUAAACAUACGAUUGUUUUCAAAUAUUAUCUUUAUAAUUAAGCACCAUAUUUAUUUCCAACUUUUCUGGUUUAAUAACAGCUGUUUUAGUACCUUAUAUAUAAGAAAAGUUGAUGAAGAAAAUGAAAGCAAUAGAUGAAAUACCUGUUCCACAUACUUUCAAUGAUAUUGAUCCUUUUAUUGAAAGCUAAUUUGAUUUAUAACCUUAUUAAACAAAUGAAGAAGUUGAUGGAAGUGUUAAAGAUUAUAUGGAAUUAAUUAUCUAAUUUAGUUUUCUUGUUGUAUUUGGACUAUCAUAUCCUGCUUGCUUUAUCCUAGGAUUUGCAUAAAAUGUUGGCAAGAUCUAAGUAGAUAAAAUUAAUUUUGUAAGUUUAUCAAGAAGACCAUUUCCUUAAGGAGCCGCAAGCAUAGGUAAUUGGUUAAUUAUUUUGGAUAUAAUUACCUUCUUUGGGAUUCUUUCUAAUGCUGGUUUAAUUGUCUAUACUUCAAAUUCUAUUGAAGAAAAUUAAAUAGAAUAUUUCGCAUUUAUUUUAAUCAUCUUUUUUGCUUUGAAUUUCAUUAUCAAAAUUUUAAUAUCUCCAGAAUCUGAAUCAGCUAAUUUAUUACUUUAAAGACAUUAAUAUAUUAUUGAUAAGAAAAUUAAAGUAAUAAAUUUUAAUAUAUCUUUAGGGUUUUUCAUCUAGUCAAAAAACUAAUGUUGAUAGAUCAAAAUUAAAUGUUCAAAUAAAUAGAGUAGGAUAUCAUUUGUGUAAUUCUGGUGUUAUCAAUAAUGAAUUUCUCAAAACAAUUAAAGGGGAAAAAUAAAAUGCAGAUGCUUGA